GAUGUUUAGCCACGUCUAAAUUCUUUAUAAAAUAUCACCACAGUUCCAAAGUUUCCUUCAUUUUUCUAUUUAUCGAUGGGCAAAAUAUUAUAUUACAAUCCAUGCACUCGAUAAAUUGUAUCUGUUUUUUAAGUUAUGAUGGGCAAAAUAUUAUAUUACAAUCCUUUUUUUUUUCUAAAUAUUAUAUAUAUUUUUUUUCUAAAUCCAUGCACUCGAUUUCCCAUCAAAAUUGAAUCUGUUUUUUUAAGCUAUGAUUUUGCUUCGCUCAAUCAUCAAUUCCAAAUUUAUCAACAGCGUAUUUAACCUCAACUCGUUAUUUGUACACGUACAUGAAGAAGAUAAGAACGGAAUUGAGAACAGUGGAAGAGGUGGAGAGGAGACUAGUAAACAUGCAAGUACCAAGAAGAUGAUUAUGAUGCAAGAUCAUUCUUGUUGCCUUUUGGAAGUUGUUUAUCACGUUUGAAGAGAGUUGGUUGUAAUUUGUAAAUUUGAUUGAUGUCCUCUUAGAAUUCUACUCUCUAAAUAUGAUUUCAUUUCGGAUUUGAUACGUAAAAUUUUUCAGAAAUAAUGUUCAAAUAGGUAAAAAUGCAUUUCAUUUCAUUCUAUAUAUAUUUUAAAAGGAAAAAUAAUUGAAAACUACACGACCAUCACAUGGCUAACCAUACAAACUAAACUAAUGUAUACCUAGCCACACAAAAUAUAUGUUAUGCAUGACAACAUCUCUCAAUUUUAUAAUGUCAUGUAGUUAACAUCACGAGUUUAAUUUCAAUCAUCCAAAAACUGAUGUAGAUGUUAGAAAUUAUUUAAAUAUCUUUUUUCAACAAUUAAAAUAUGACCGAUCCGAUUAUAAUUUAAUAAAAUUAAAUUUUGAUCCACAUUUUAAAAGUAUAAGAAUAUUUUUUAACAAAAUCUACAAUUUAUUUCGUUUGUAAAAUAUAUGCAUGAGAUUUCAAAAUAUUAUCGUUAUAUUUAUUUGUGUAAUUUUGAAUCGAUUGAGACUUUAGUUUAAUUUUUCAAUUUGAUUUUCAAAAUUUUAUAUAUAUAUAUAUACAUAAUCUUCUAAAAUAUAUUUACAUAUGUAAGAGAAUAACCAAUCUUAAUGUAAAUAACAAAUAAUUUUUUAAAAUAUAUUUAGAAAAUAUAACGGUUGAAGUCAAAGAAAUUGAUGCAAUCUAAUAUAUAUAAGUGAUAACCAAACCGAUUAGAUGUUAUAUAUCCAAAAUCACAUGUCUAUUAAAACAACAUAAUAUUUUUUUUGUCAGCAAACAACAUAAUAUUAUUAAUAGAAAUUUUAAAAUAAUUAAUUGUUUUUGAAAAAGCUUUCUAAUUAAAGUUAACUGAACAGUUACAAACUAUGAUCCAUGGAUCAUAGAGUGAAAAAAAGUUUUAUGAAGAUAGCAACAUGAAGCUAACAACAAGCAUAAAGAUAGAAGAAAGAGCACAAGUUCUAGAUGAUAAACCUUUAAAAGUUGGAGGGAGUGAGAGAAAAAAUGAUUUGAAAAUAAAAAUAAACUAUUAAUUUAUUAUUAUAAUAUAUUUAUUAUAUAAAUAUUCUUGUAGCCAUAAUUUAUUAAGUCACUUAAUUUUUAUUUAUUUUAAUAAAUAAUUGGCAGCCACUUAUAUGGGUUAAAUUAGCAUUAAUACAUAAAUACACUUUGUAUUUUAGUUUUUUUAGGUCAAUUAGUUAAACAGUCAAUUAUUAAUUUUUUGUGUGUUAUAGAAGCAAAUUUCCCAAUCUUUUAUCUCAUAUAAUAGGUUAUAAAACCUGUAAACGUUUUUCUCGUUUCUAUUUUUCUGCAAAACCAAAACAGAAUACAUGGCUGACUGGAUUAAAUAGACUGUGUUUAAUAGCCCAUAUAAAGCCUGACGCGUCGUCAGUAACAUUGGUCUCGAUAUGGAGAUAGAGGAGAAGCAUAACCCUAAUUCUCAUGAACGUCUCAGACCAAGAGAUACACCCGAAUCCUGGUCCGAGCUUCCUCUUGAUCUCGUGCUUUCUGUCUUCAAACGCCUCAGCUUUGCUAAUUUCCAACGAGCAAAAUCGGUAUGUACGUCUUGGCACUCUUCUUCCAGACAAUGCGUGCCCAAAAACCAGACCCAUUGGCUGGUUCUCUUCCCCGAAGAAAACAACGACAACAAUUCUUGCACGUUGUUCAAUCUCUAGGAAGAAGAUAAACUUUACAGAACACAAGAUCUUGGUCUGGAAUUCGCAAAGAGUUUUUGUAUGGAGACCUACAGAAGCUGGCUCUUGAUGUGCAACCGUAUGCAUAAUCUCUACAUUGUGAAUCUCUUUACACAUGAGAGGAUCGAUCUACCUCCCGUGGAGGCACAGCGUGGAGUGACAAAGAUGGAGCGAACCUUAUAUGAUGACGUGUUUCGCAUUACGAGCCACAACGGAAAGGAGUACAAAGGUAUUCGUCUACGAUCGCCAGUGCUUUGGAUUAAUGAGAAAACCAGAGAAUAUGUUGUGUCAUGGGAGCUGCGUGGAUUGUGCGUAGUUUAUUCGAGAAAAGGAGAUGCCUCGUGGAAUCAAAUUCCUGAAACCUCAAGCUGCUGUGACAUGGUUUACAUGGACUCCAAGCUUUACUUCUUAAGCUUGUUUGGUCAGUUCAGAAUCUUUGAUUUUUCUGGAGAAUCUCCACAACAAACCUUUCAGUGUGGGGUUAUUGUGGAAAGAUUUCGGUUAGGUAUCCAACUUCGUCAACGAAGUAACUCCUUGAGCAUUGUUGCUACCAAACUUGUAGUCACAGUAACAGGAGAAGUCCUCAAGGUUGAGAAACUGUGGAGACCGAGGUCUGAAACCUGGUCCUUCCGUGUUUUCAAGGUCUAUUCAUCAGGAUUCCUGAAGAAACAUGAUCGGAUUUAUUCUUUGGGUGACGAGUCAAUGCUUUUGGAUCAAGGCAUCACAGUUCUCGCCAAUGACACUGAUGGAUUCAAUAAAAACUCCGUCUACUUCAGUGUUAGUCAUGGAAUGGACGUACAUGACAUAUUUCUUUUUAACCUCGAGACACAGACAACAGAGCUGUUGCACAAAUUUGAUUGUUCUUCAGUUCAAUUCUCUAGAGCUCGAUGGUUCUUACCAAGUUUUAGGCUAACGUGAUUUAUCUUAAAUAUGUUCUACUCUUCAAUAAUAUGUUUUCUUAUAAAUAUGUUGUUUACUCUAUCUAGUGAUGAUCUCAACUAUGUUUCUUACCAACGAAUGUCCCAAACUAUUUCAGGCUCCCUACUCUAUUUGGUUCUGCAAAGUUGGCAUCACCGAAACCACACUCAUAAAGUUAGUUGACUUUGGCUUUGUUUUGUUUACAGACCAACAACCCUUGAGUUGUCUAUGUCUCAGCUCCUAAUCUUCCCCAAACCAAGGAAAGGCUGAAACCAUGAUUUCUACCAAAUUUUUUAAUACCUUUACCCCAAAACAAAUCAAUCGUACAAGAGGUUGUUGGCUAGACUCUGAUUUUGCUUAAUGAAUGGUCUGCCCCCAAGAAAAAAAUCAAUCGUACAAGAGGUUGUUUCAAAGAUUUUGGAAUUGGAAUUCUUUAUUUGGUUCUGUGACCCACAAGCAUGAUUUUUUUUUUCUCUGUUUUUCUAUCCCACAAGCAUGACUUCACACAUGGAUUCCGAACUAAUUGUGGUUUUAGAGGUGCUUUGAUUAAUUAAGUGAUUAGAACUCAAGGAUGAUUGGUUUAUGGUUUUAAAGAUUGAACAGAAUACCAGCCAUUCGUGUUAAACGAUGAAGCUUAAUCUCUCGGUCUAGGCAGUAAGUCUUAUACCCUUGUUGUCGUGUCGACUGACUUUUCUAAUUGUCUUUGUAUAAAUUCUUCUAACGGCCCUUCUUUUCUACAAGAAGCUUUAUCUAACGCUUUUUUUCUACCCGAAGAGACUUGGUUU